CCAUCGCAUCAUAUCGGUCCUCUCGUCCGUCGCUCACGCAUGCGCGCUCUUGGCCCGAGGCUUUGGCGCUUUGUGCGCAUGCGCGCGGCGUCCCCGUCGCUCUGAGCGGGUGGGUGGGGAUGCGUGCGCGCGGCGCUGACGGGAGCGGCAGCGGUAAGGGCGGCGCGGGCGGCGGGCCGAGCUGAGCUUCUUUGGGCAGCGGCGUCCUGGGCUGGGGCUCGGAGGGCGCCUUGAGGGCUCGCGAGUGGCAGCGGGGCGGCCGCGGCGUCGCCGUGGUGCCGCCGCCUGCGGGGUGCGGGCGGGACGCGGGGCUGCGCUGCUCUGAGCGCGGCCGGUUUCCUUGGAUGCCCCGAGCGCCGUGCGGCUGCUCGGUUGUUUCUGUCCGGGAGCCGCUCUCCGGGCGUGGAUGCGCUGCGUCCGCUGUCGGCUGUGGAGGAGGAUUGCUGCGGCUGCUGGCCGGCGGGACGCGAUCCUGCAGAGCGGCGCCGGGACCCCGCGUUACAGCCCCGGAACGGGGAGCCUUUGUGGCCGGUUCCUGCAGCAGGCUGCGGCGUCCGACGGCGAUUCUGGCUCAAAGGCAGGCCGGGUUGGGUUGCUGGAGUGUCCGGGAAUGCUCCGAGCGCAGAAAUGAGGCAGAUCGCAGCUAGGUAUUACCAGAAAAAGGAAUUCUCUGCUGGAAAGCCCUGCUUCUCGCCGCCGCUGAUAAACAGGCAUCUCGUGCAGAUGGUUGCUUUGCAGAAGCAGCCCUGAUAACUUGUGUGUAAGGACUCGGGCAGGUGCUGCGUUAGCUUCUUGGUGCUUCCAAGCAAUGCGUGGUGCUUACGUCCUUCAUCGUUAGUGAGCUGGAUGUGGGUUCUGUUGCACAACGGUCAGCAGACACAGCAGAAGGGUGGAAGUCACGAGGAGAUCUACACAAGGACAAGUUCUAAGGAAAAGCAGCAAGUCAUUUAAUGAUCACUUCUCAUAGCUUUUCUCCUAUGCUUCCCUUGGAGCCAUGGAUGAAUACAACCGCUUUGUGGACUGGGACAAAAUGGAUGUUACUGUCCAGAGCCAGGAUGUAAAGGAGCUGACCUGCACCGAGUUCCAGGAGCUGAAGCAGCUGGCUCGGCAAGGCUACUGGGCCAAGAGCCAUUCGCUGAGAGCCAAGGUGUACCACAAGCUGAUCAGCAAUAUCCCAUGUCGGACUGUGACCCCAGAUGCCAAUGUUUACCGGGACAUUGUGGUGAAGAUAGUUGGAAAACGUAACAGCAGCUCCCUUCCACUGCCAGAGUUUGUGGACGACAGCCUCGUUCCCACGUACUGCUUGAAUGCAGAAGGCAUUGGGGCAGUUAGGAAGAUUAUACUGUGCAUUGCAAAUCAGUUCCCAGACAUAUCGUUCUGCCCCGCGCUGCCUUCUGUGAUAGCUCUGCUUCUCCACUACAGCAGGGAUGAGGCGGAGUGCUUUGAACAGGUCUGUCGCAUCCUUGCUUGCAACGACCCGUCCAAGCGGCUCAUCGAUCAGACGUUCCUGGCCUUUGAGUCCUCCUGCAUGACCUUUGGGGACCUGGUGAACAAGUACUGCCAGGCAGCACACAAGCUGAUGGUGGCAGUGUCUGAGGACGUGCUGGAGGUGUACUCCGACUGGCAGCGGUGGCUCUUUGGAGAGCUGCCCAUGGUUUACGUUGCUCGUGUCUUCGAUGUGUUUCUGGUGGAGGGCUACAAAGUCCUCUAUCGCGUUGCGUUGGCUAUUCUGAAGUUUUUUCACAAAGUCAGGGCUGGGCAGCCCAUGGAGUCUGACAGCGUGCAGCAGGAUAUCCGAGCUUUCGUGAGAGACAUUGCCAAGUCGGUGUCUCCUGAGAGGCUUCUGGAAAAAGCCUUUGCCAUCCGCCUGUUCUCACGGAAGGAGAUCCAGCUGCUGCAGAUGGCCAAUGAGAAAGCUUUACAGCAGAAGGGCAUCACAGUCAAGCAGAAAAGUGUUACAUCUCCAAAAAGGCAGAAUGUGCACUUGGCAGUCCACGCAGAGAACUUCAAGUCUGAAAUUGUCAGUGUGAAAGAGAUGCGAGAUAUCUGGUCGUGGAUCCCGGAGCGCUUUGCGCUUUGCCAGCCCCUCUUGCUCUUCACCACCUUGGAACAUGGCUGUAGUCUGAGCAGGUUCUAUUCUCACAGCGAGGGACACGAGCCUACUCUUGUUCUGAUCAAGACCACAGCAAAAGAGGUCUGCGGUGCUUAUCUGUCCACCGACUGGAGCGAGCGCAGGCGAGGUGGGAACAAGCUGAGUUUCUUUGGAACUGGGGAGUGCUUUGUGUUUAGGCUGCAGCCAGAAGUGGAACGCUACGAGUGGGUGAUCAUCAAGCACCCGGAAUUGGCUGCAAGUGGUUCUGAGCCAGAAAAUCAUGCCUCGCCAGCUUCCAACACCCUCUCCUGCAGAGGCUCCCUCUCAGACCCAUCAGAUCGCCUUUCUCCCUUCUUAUCAGCUCGGCACUUCAACUUACCAUCCAAAACAGCUUCCAUGUUCAUGGCUGGCAGCAGUGAAUGCAUCAUUAUAGGAGGCGGUGAUGGCCAGGCUCUUUACCUCGAUGCAGACCUGAACCAUGGGAGGACCAGCCACUGCAACACCUUCAACAAUCAACCGCUGUGUUCCGAAAGCUUCCAGAUCUCUGUCUUGGAGGUGUGGGGCUUCAGGGACACCAUGAAUGGCUGAUAUGACUAUCGUUGUUCAACUAGCUUUCAGUUCUGGUAGGAUUCCCAAGGCAAACUGUAAUGCAGGAGCCAAGUUAGAACAUAAUUCCCACUGGACUCAGUGUUCCUUAAUAGUUACUAAGCAGUGCACCUGGAUGCAGGGCUUAGUUGUGUUUACUCUUAUUUAAGGCAGGUGAAAGUGUUGUACUCUUUUAGCUCCUUAGCUUGGAACCUCCAGAGACCCAGUGUGGCUGGCUUCAGGUGUUUGAUAGUAGGCAAAAUGAAAACAAUGUUAUUUCAAUCAAUCCUAAAUGUGUACAGGUCUGUAUCAGAGGACAAUUCUGCAGUUCAGCACAAUUCCUCAGAGGUGCUGAUCUGGCUGAGGUGUACUGUGGAGCAUCUGGCCCCAGCCACAAAUAUCAAAUGUUCGUUUAUAGCAACACUGGAGGCCUCGGAUUUGACGUAGGGCAGUAGUUCACAGAGCCAUUGCCCCAGUGUAAACAGAUAUUUUGCAGACAAGUCAUGAGUACCACUGAUGAACCAUCAGUACUGUUUUAGGAGUCAACUAUGAAGGAACUGUGAUUGCUAGUUCCCCUUCUGAGUCCUUGAUACAUUCCAGUUGCAUCUCUUUGUGGAGGCUGCCUCUGCAAAGGGCAUCCAGACUGGACAGGGAUAUCUCAGAGGCUUGAUUUUGUUUACAUUCCUAUUCCAUAUCAGUAUAAUAGCUCAGUCUGGCUCAAGUUUCAGGCAGCAGAAAGCACAAGAUUGUAUGGAGUGCUUAGACUUCUUUGUGAUUGAGUUGUUCAAGGAAGCUGAACUGAAGCAUUAGCAGUAUGAAUAACCGUGCAGUAUCACUGAAUGUGUAGGGAAAUAGGCACUGGGGUACAGAAUGCACCCUCCUCAAGGAAAUGGAGGGAUGUGCAGGGAAAUAUUCUGUGCAGCAUUACUCUGGGAGUGAAGAAGUUUCCCAGGAGAACUGUUGGUGACACUUGCUCCAUAUCACAAGGAAAGAAGAAAGCGCCGGUGGCUUUUUUGGCUGUUUAAUCCAACAUCUGUGUUGGGGUGGGGAAAGCACGAUUGCUACGUACACAUGAAGUCCAUAAAGGGUUAACAUUAAAAAUGUACAGUGAUAAAAUAUCACUUGGGCUGGACAGGGUCAAUCAGGUUGAUGUUAGCUUGUACAGCUUGCUAGCAAAGAAAAUACCUUGUGUCUUUGCUGCUUGCAAAGCGUAUGAGCAAACGUGGCAAAAAUGUGAGUUGCUUUUAAAAAGCCAUUUUGAAUUUUUUUUUUUCAGAAUAGCUCCUUGGAAUACUUGAUUGCAUAUACGAAUCCAAGGUGUCAUCUUUUGCCCCACAGAUAUUUUCCAAUUACAUCAUUUCUCAUACUGCAUGUUCUUUUCAUAGGUUUUCAUAGCUUGAUUGAACUGGAGGGGCUGGUAUAGAAUGGGAAGGAUCCUCACAAUCAUAUCUGGUUUUGAUAAGCACUGCUCAUGCCUUUUUUUCAAAGCUGGCAGUAUCCUGUUGCACUAGGUAGCAUCCCAUCAUCUUCCUGUGACAAUUUAGCUGGAAAACAUACUGCAUUUAGUAGGAUCUCUUGAACAGAGGUGGGAUUUCUUAACUUGGUCCAUAUCUCCUUUUCUGAGCUCAUCUUUGAAGUGCCCUUGCAGGAAAAUGAUAAGAUAGAAAUUCCCUAGAGCUGCGUGCUGGCAGGGUUUGUGGGACUUCAGAAUUACUCUCAAAAUAACAAAUAGGUUUUUCUGUGCAGAUUUGUUCCCACAGUCGCUGGUGGUGACUUUUUGUCCCUUUCCAUCCCCACUGGAUGCAUCUGUGUCAGCAAGGCCUGAGUGCUGUACCACUUUGUAAGCCAUAUCUACAAAACCCCGUUCCUUUCCCUGCUCUGUUGUAGUACACAGAGAUGGGGACGUUUGAGCAAAUAAGAGCAGCUUCUGAUCCCUCUGGUGGAGGUGCACAAGAGCCCUCU